AAUGUUACAAUAAUAUAGAGGAAAUAGUUAACCAUCUAGAUCAAAUCAAAUUUAAAUAUAUGUAAGAAAGUAAAGCAAAUAAUAGUCUCGCUAGAACAAUUAACUGAUGAAUCAAUUUACAAUGUUUUAAGAAUUUGACUCUAUGUCUAAUAGGAUGAUGCAAUAAAUGGAUAAUUAAAUGGCUAAUCUAGGAUUUGGAUCAAUUUUUAGAGGAUUUGAUGAUUUAGAAAAUGAAAUGAUGGAAUUCUCAAAUCUUCAUAAACAUAUGAAAAAUCUAAAUUAAAUGGAUGUUAAUGCUCAUGCUAAAAAUGGAGUAUUCUAAGUUUAUUCAUCCAGUUAUGUCCAAUCUACUAAACUAGGUCCUGAUGGAAAAGUUAUAUAAGAAAAAUAUUUUGAUAAUAAUGCAGUCGCAAGAGGAGUAAACGGACAUACUGUAUUAUAUAUUACUAAGAUUAAAAUAGAUAAGUGAAAGAUAACAAGGAUAUAAAAAUAGUGAUGGAAUUGAUAAAUUUGCACAUGAAAGACUCAUGAAUGAAAAAGGAAAAAAACAUAUAAGAGAAAGAGAUAAAACCGGUUAGAUAACUACAACUAAUCACUAUUAAAAUAUAGAAGAAGAUUAAGUAGAAUAGUUUGAAAAUGAAUGGAUGGGAAUUGGAAAGACUUUAUGCAUUAAUUAAUCAUCAAAUGGAGGAUUUAAAGCAUUAAAGGAACAAUCAAACCUAAAAGAUUUCAACAAUCGUCAAUUAUGUAAAAAUUAAUUAACUUAUGGAACUCCAUCUAAAUAGAAAAAAAGUAAUUUAAUAUAAAUUAAAUUCUAGAUGAAAUUUAAUCGGUUCCUCUUGGUAAACACUCUUCUAGUUUUAAUAACAAUCCAACUAAGUUGGCAUUACAAUAAUCAAAUUAAUAAUCUACAGUCCAUACUAGACCUCCAUAACCUCAUCAGCCAAUGAGAGUACUUCCUUCUGGUAAAUAAGAAUUUACAGGAGUUUACUAAAAUAAGAAUAUUAAAAAUUUAUAUCCUUAAGCUGGAUGA